CAAAACAUGAAGCAACAGUGUUGUUAAGUCGGUUCCGGUGAUUAGGCCAAUUUUUUGCUUCGCGCUCGUUUAGAAGCUUUUUUAUUCGCGUGCUACAGGUUGAAUUUAAUGGAUUGGUUGAAUGGGGAACUUUUGAGAAUUUGAAGAGAUUAACCGAACCAUGACCUACCCGACACCACCAGCCCUCCGUUCUCCCAGUUCGACCCAGAGACCUGCCCGCGACCCACCACGUUUCGCCUACUAGACCGGGCGUCCUUCUUCGGGGCGCCUGCGCCGGCGGGCGGCGGCGGCGCCGCGGGGACAUGUAAUCCCGCGCAGCAAGCGGCGCCCACGCAUCGCGCCACGCCCUCCGCCUCCGCCAUGUUCUCCAAGCUGCGCAGCGGUGGGGGCGGGGGCCAGGCUGGCCACGCCAUUGAAUCGAAUCCGAUCGGACAGUACUUCGAGAUCGGCAAGCAGGUGGCCAAUGCCGGGCCGGAACUCGUGUGGAAGAUACACGAUGCGUACAGGAAGAGUGAUGGGAAGGAAUGUUCUAUUUUUAUUUUUGAGAAACGAUGUGCCGAAAAAUUACACAAACCAAAACGUAAAGAGACUGUAACUGAAAUAUUAAGAAAUUCGGUAAGGCAACUGGAAAGAUAUCGACAUCCAAAGAUUUUACACGUCAUUCAUCCAGUUGAAGAAUGCCCAGACACCCUGGCUUUCGCUUCGGAGCCGGUUUUUGCCAGUUUAGCCAAUAUACUAGCCUUCCAGGAAGCCGCGACUGUCAGUUCUUCCCCUGGUGGCAUGCAGCAACAGUCCAGACCCGGAGUAUUCCAGAGGGAAUAUUCCUUUCUGGAUAUGGAGUAUAAAUACGGAAUUCUACAGAUAACAGAAGCGUUAUCGUUUUUGCAUUUUUCCGGACAUAUCAUUCAUCGAAACGUUUGUCCAGGAAGUAUACUGGUGACGAAACGUGGCACCUGGAAGCUGGCGGGAUUAGAAUUUACAGAACGCGUGAACGAUGUAGAUGGCGUUGAACCAGUUCCAUGUCAACCGUGGACAUCCCGACUGUCAAAAAUGGCUCAACCAAAUUUGGACUAUACAGCUCCAGAAUCGCAAACUCAAUCGGUAUGCAGCAUAUUAAGCGACAUGUUUUCCUUGGGCAUGGUCCUGUGUUCAAUAUUCAACCAAGGACGACCACUGAUACAAGCAAAUAAUUCCAGCUCUUCGUAUCUAAAGCAAUUAGAACUGUUGGAAGAUCAAGUACACAACACAUUGCCGAGGAUUCCCGUUCCGCUCCAAGAGGCCGCAGUCCGAUUACUAAGUAAGGACACACGACAGCGACCUACGGCCCAAUUAUUAGUUCUAAUUAAGUAUUUUGACGAUCCAACAGUUCACGCCUUGCAAUACCUGGAUACAAUAAUGAUGAAGGAUCCAACGCAGAAAAACCACUUCUAUCGCAAUACUCUCAAAGAUGCUCUUCCUUACAUUCCUAAG